AUGGAAGUGAGUAGCGUAGACGAGAGUACGACGAGUACAGGUUCGGUUUGUGAAGCUCCGGCGAUAACUCCGGCGAUAACGUCGGGAAAGCCGUCGGCAAAUUUGUACAGGAUGGGAAGCGGAUCUAGCGUGGUGCUGGAUUCGGAGAACGGCGUGGAGGCGGAAUCGAGGAAGUUACCGUCGUCCAAGUACAAAGGCGUCGUUCCUCAGCCUAACGGGCGGUGGGGAGCUCAGAUUUACGAGAAGCACCAGCGCGUGUGGCUCGGGACUUUCAACGAGGAAGACGAGGCGGCGCGUGCGUACGACGUGGCCGUUCACAGAUUCCGCGGCCGAGACGCCGUCACGAAUUUCAAAGACGCGAGGCUCGACGACGGAGAGAUCGAUUUUUUGAAUUCGCAUUCGAAAUCUGAGAUCGUCGAUAUGCUGAGGAAGCACACGUACAACGAGGAGCUCGAGCAGAGCAAACGGCGUCGUAGCGGUAACGGAAAUACGGUUAGGACGAUGACGGCGUUGAAUAGCGACGGUGUUUCGACGACGGAGUUCAGAUCGGCGGAGCCUCUGUUUGAGAAAGCGGUUACGCCAAGCGACGUUGGGAAGCUGAACCGGCUCGUGAUACCGAAACACCACGCGGAGAAACAUUUCCCGUUACCGUCGAGUAACGUUUCCGUCAAGGGAGUGCUGUUGAACUUCGAGGACGUGUCGGGGAAAGUGUGGAGGUUCCGUUACUCGUAUUGGAACAGUAGUCAAAGCUAUGUGUUGACCAAAGGUUGGAGCCGGUUCGUUAAGGAAAAGAAUCUACGUGCUGGUGACGUGGUUAGUUUCAGCAGAUCCGACGGUCAGGAUCAACAGUUAUACAUUGGGUGGAAAUCUAGAUCCGGAUCGGAUUCAGAAACGGGUCGGGUUUUGAGAUUGUUCGGAGUCAACAUUUCACCGGAGAAUUCGAGAAACGACGCCGUGGGGAACAAGAGAGUGAACGAUACUGAGAUGUUAUCGUUGGUGUGUAGUAAGAAGCAACGCAUCUUUCACGCCUCGUAA